AUGACUACUUCCACCACUGUUCUUACAUUAAUGGAAGAUAUUUCCAAUGAUAAUACUGGUAGCAAUGCUGCUGCUGCUCUUAGAAAGCAACCUGCUGUUAAUGAUGAAUUGAUUAUGAAGAAUGUUACUACUACUAGCAAUAAUAGUAACAAACUUAUUAUCAAGGCAACUUAUGAACCAACAGAGGAGUACUUGAGAAAGGUUAAAUAUGCUGAUGAGAAUCAACUCUUCCUUUCUGAGAAGGAUACUCGUUUGGCUGUCAAGUCUAUUAGAAAUACCAUCAAGAAUGAAGAAGCUCGUUUGAGAAAGAGACAUUCUUUCCUUCAAUAUCAAGAUUUGUUAGGAUUGACCAUCUUUUUGACAAGUCUUUUGACUAUUGUUGGUGUUUCUGCCUUGUAUUUGAAGGGAAAUCUUCAUUGGGCUCUUGCUGUUCCUUUGCUUGCUCUUCCAAUUUCUGUCUUGCAUGAAUUGGAGCAUGAUUUGAUUCACAAUUUGUACUUUAAGACUCACCAAUGGGUUCAACAUGUUAUGUACUUUUUCAUUUAUCUUGCCAAAUGUCAUGCUUUGCCAUGGUACAGAAAGUAUGUCCAUCUUCGUCAUCACGUAACUUCUGGUUCCAAGAGAGACUUUGAAGAAAGAGCUAUUGGUGGCGGUUUGGAAGCUGGCUUUUUGAGAUACUUGCUCACUACCAGUCCAUGGGCUGUCUUUUUAGCAAUUACAGAUGUCAAGAGGGAUAAUCCACAAGAUUUCAGUGUCUUUCUUGCUCUACUCACCAAUGCACCUUCCAUGAUUGGUUUCACUGUUCUCUGGUUUGUAUUCACUGCGUACUUGUUCAUGUUUGGUGGUUUUACCUUCUUGUCCACCUACUUGCCAAUUGCUUUCUGGCCUUUAGUUAGAGAUUUGAGUGUUAUUAUUGUUUUACCAAAUCUUGUUAGACAAACUUGUUUGAAUUUGAUGGCCAGUUAUUGUCACUAUUAUGGAGAUGUUCCAGAAGGUGAUGUUUUCUAUCAAGGACAAGUUAUUGAUCACUGGUCCAUGAUUCCAUUCCAAUUAUUCAGUUUCAACUUUGGAUCCUCACACAUUAUUCACCACUUUGUUCCAAAUCAACCAUUCUACAUUCGUGAGGCAAUCUCAAGAAAGGCCAAUGCUGAAAUGAUUAAACAAGGUGUCAGAAAUAAUGAUUGGGGAAUUGUUGCUCGUGCCAAUCGUUUCCAUGACAAAUCCAAGCAUUUGCUUGAAGCUGACAAGACUCAAGUGAUCCCAGCUGAUCAAUGGGUCAAUUUGAAGUAUUAAUUUCAUCAUUUGUAUGAUGUAAUACUUCUUUUUUUUGUAAUGGUUGUAUUCAUGUUAAUUAGUUUUUGUAAUAAAUAUUCAAACCAUUAACAAAAAGCUUU